GUCCCAUGUGGGACCUGUUUGUAUGUGUGUGUUUUUUGUGUGAUUUUUGCAGAGCCUGCAUGCAUGAUUGCAGAUUGGUGGGUGGGUCAUCCCACCUGAGACUCAUCGUGGGGUGUUUUAUAAGGAGUCCGGCAUUCGGUCUAGGAGAGCUCGAUUAGCCGGACGUCUCUGCUUGGCGCUUUUGAUUUAGUUUUGUGUUUGGAUCAUGAGCUCAGUACACUUCCAUACACAUGCUUUUCACUACUGACUUUCACCUAUACUGACUUGGAUUGCUUUAAAUACUUUUGUUAAUUAUACAUUUUGUUAAUAAAUCAUUUCUCUUUUCAAUUUACCUGGUCCGUAUUGUCUCUCUAAUGUUGCAACUUUGAGCCGGUUGUAACAUAUGGGGGCUCGUCUUAUUGAGAGGCAUGCGGACCGGUAAUUGUUAAAGAGAAUCAGGUGCAUGUUUUGGCAGAGCAGAGCGUUCGUUUGGCUUCGGACAGGUAAGUUCGGCUCAUAAUAUGUUUUGGUGAUCCCCGGAUAGGUUAUUGUUUUUUUAUUUUUUGGUGUUUUCCUGGGUUAAGUGCACGGCCGUGGUUGCAUUUCUGAGCCGACAGUUCAGCUGUGCACCAGCGGUAUUAGCUGCUUAAAGAGGCUUGACUCUUGGGAAAACACAGAAGAGUUAGGUAAGUUUAGUUAGUGGGAAAUGUGGGUUAGUUAGGGGGAUAUUUGAUUAUGAGCCGAUUGCUUAUGUCCGAAGUUUAGAUGCAAGUCGUAAGUAUUUAUUAGUACUGCAUUUGGGUAAGUUUAUUCUUUGGGAUGAUUUCGUUGGAAGAUUUUGUUAGUUCUCCAUCAGAGGAGAAGUUAAAUUUGUGUUCAAAGCUACAGCUGUGGGACAUUGUUGAUAACUAUAAAUUAACGGGAAUUGAUAAGCGGUUGCGAAAAAAUGAAUUGAGAGCUUUAAUUAAGAGCGCAUUAGUUGAUUGUGGCGUGUUAAUUCCGGUAUCUGAGACUGCUGAUGAGGGAAUGGGUAAGUUUGAUUUUUCGGAGAGUAAUUUGUCGUUUGAACAGCGAAAAGAAUUAUUAGAGUUGAGACAGGCUCAUGAAAAAGAAAUGUACAAGCAGGCAACAGAGCGCGAGCGAGAACUAAAAGAAAAAGAGGUUGAAUUGGCGAGAUUAAAGGCAGAGGAGUUGGUAAAACAGCGUGAAAUCGAAUAUGAGAAACUUAAACAUGAUCAAAAAUUAGAAUUAGAUCGACAAGCUAGAGAUUAUCAGUUACAAAUGGAACGAUUAAAAAUCAUGGCUGAUGGGAGACCCUUAGCAGACGGCGUCGGGGAACGAAAUCGAGCAGGUGACUUGGUAAGCAAUUUAAAGUUGCUACCAAAAUUUAAUGAAAAAGAUCCUGAAGUUUUCUUUUCUUUAUUCGAAAGUGUAGCUGAUGAACGAGGUUGGCCAAGCGCUGACCGUACAAUUAUGUUGCAGUCAGUACUUGUGGGAAGAGCUCAAGAGGCUUAUACUGCGCUUUCAGUGGAAGAUCGUAGAAAUUAUGAAAAGGUAAAAUCUGCAGUUCUUAAAGCGUUUGAAUUAGUUCCUGAGGCGUAUCGCAUACGUUUUCGUACUUGGAGAAAAAAUGACAGACAAACUCAUGUUGAAGUCCUUCGUGAAUUGGCUACACAUUUUGAUCGCUGGUGUUCCACCUCUAAUGUGCGCACAUUUGACGGGUUGCGGGAAUUGAUCCUUACUGAACAGCUCAAGAAUAUUAUUCCAGAAAACAUUGCCACUUAUAUUAAUGAGAAUAAGCCAGCAACUGCGAGUGAGGCUGCCGUGUUAGCCGAUGAUUUUGUGGUAACGCAUAAAAGAUGGGUGAGUGAUUAUCGAAUGAAUAGGGGUAGGAAUUAUCCUAUUGAUGAACCGAGAUCAAAUAUUCGAAAACCUGAGUUUAAAGCAGAGAAAAUGUUACACGUACCAUCAAGACCCAUUCCUGAUUCUGUGUGCAGGUAUUGUUUUGAGGAGGGGCAUUGGAAAAAAGAAUGCCCUGUCCUAAAAAAUAAGCAUAUGCGUAAAGGUUCAAAGUCGCAAAAUAGCUCAUCUGUUUUACUUGCUGAUUCUGUUUACCCUGAACUUCAUUUUGAAGAGGAUUCAUUUUUUGUUGAAUCAUGUAAAAGGCCUGAGUUAAAUCCGAGUUAUAUUCCGUUUGUUACAGAGGGAUUCGUUUCAUUGCCGGGAGGGAGUGAAAAUGUACCCGUUAAGAUCUUGCGUGACACGGGAGCUUCUGAAUCUUUUAUUUUAAAUUCUGUUUUGCCUUUUUCCACAGAGUCUGGGUUGGGGAAGAAUGUGCUGGUGCAAGGCAUCACUCUUACUUGUACGGCUGUUCCUUUACACAGAGUGGUACUGCGUUCGGAGCUUGUGAAUGGUGAGGUCACUAUGGGUGUGCGUCCAUCACUUCCAGUGGGUGGAGUAGACGUGAUCUUGGGUAACAACCUAGCGGGAGAGCGCGUGUGGCCAGACGCAUCUCCUUUACCCAUUGUCAUUACGCCGCCUGUAUCUGAUGAUUUCGUUGCGGGGGAUUCCCAUAUUUUCCCAUCAUGUGCCGUGACUCGUUCUAAAUUCAAAUUAGAUGAAUCUGUGCAGGGCGACUUUAAUGCAACUCCUCUGAAAAAGUGUAAUGUGCCUGGUCUGUCUCUUCUUCCUACCUUUUCUAGUGCAGAGCUUAUAGCUGCGCAGCAGGAGGAUGUUACGUUGUCUCCACUGUUCGAUGCUAUUUUGUCCCCUGAAGAGGCGCACAGUGCAGCAGCUGGGUAUUUCGUACAAGACGGGAUGUUACUGCGUAAAUGGAUGUCUUAUAGUGAGAUUUGUGGAGGUGAGCUAGUAGUACAGAUUGUGGUGCCCACAAAACUGCGCACGGCGGUUCUAGAAGUGGCGCAUAGUCCCGUUGGAGGUCAUCUAGGUGUUAAAAAGACUUAUAAUCGAAUACUGCGACAUUUUUAUUGGCCUUUGUUAAAGAGGGAUGUCUCUAAAUUCAUUAAAACGUGCCAUGUAUGUCAAAUGACAGGAAAGCCCAAUCAGUCACUUAAACCUGCUCCGCUGUGUCCCAUACCAGUGAUGGGGCAGCCUUUUGAGCAUUUAUUAAUUGACUGUGUGGGACCGUUACCACCUUCAAAAUCGGGAAGCAAGUUUUUAUUGACGGUUAUGUGUCAAAAUACCCGGUUCCCUGCUGCGUUUCCGUUACGAAAGAUUACUACGAAAGCUGUAGUUAAAGCUCUCUCCCAGUUCAUUGCCAUUUUUGGUAUACCAAAAAUCAUUCAAAGUGAUCAAGGAACAAAUUUUUCCUCUAAAAUGUUUGCUGAGAUCUUAAAACAACUGCGAGUGCGUCAUCAGCAGUCGAGUGCGUACCAUCCCCAAAGUCAGGGCGCGCUGGAGCGUUUCCAUCAGUCAUUCAAGAGUUUGCUGCGUGCGUAUUGCACUGAAUUGAAUCGCGACUGGGAGGAGGGAUUACCGUGGCUUCUUUUGGCAGCAAGAGAGGUAAUACAGUCUAGUUUAGGCUUCAGCCCAAAUGAUUUGGUAUUUGCACAUAAAAUUCGGGGCCCGUUAGCACUGUUAAAAGAUUGUUUAAAGGGGGAGGAGCCGCCGAGAAGUCUUUUGGACUACGUUAAUGGGUUUAGGAGGAGAUUGGUCCUUGCGGGUCAGACAGCGCGAGAGAAUUUAGAGAAGAAACAGGAAAAAAUGAAGCAGUUAUUUGAUCGUGAUUCUGAAGUCCGUGAGUUUUCUCCUGGGGAUCAGGUGCUUGCGCUGUUGCCUUUGCCUGCUUCACCUUUUCGAGCAAAAUUUUCAGGCCCUUAUAUAGUUACUCGCCGCAUAUCAGAGUUAAAUUAUUUUAUUUCAACCCCAGAUCGAAAGAAAAGUGAGCAGUUGUGCCAUGUAAAUUUGUUGAAACCAUAUUAUUCCCGUGAUCAGACUGAUUGUAAAACAUCUGCUGUGUUAACGGUUUCUCAGACAGAUGAAAUUGUACCGGAGAUGGAGGAAGAUGAGGCUCCAACUGAUUGUGUGCUGCAACCGAGGUUAUCCAAUACAGAGACGCUUCUUAAUUUAGAAAAUUUAAUGCGCCAUCUAACUAUUUCUCAGAAGGGAGAAUUAAUAAAGCUGAUACACGAAUUUCCAGAGUUGUUUGGUGAUGUUCCAUCUCGCACCCAUUUGAUCGAACAUGAUGUGGAUGUUGGUGAUGCAACACCUGUUCGUCAGCGUUUUUACCGAGCGCCACGGGUAAAGCAACAGGCGUUAGAGGCUGAAGUUCAGUAUUUGCUUGAUAAUAACUUGGCAAAACCAUCUUGUUCUAGUUGGGCUUCACCUUGUUUAUUGAGUCGAAGAUUGCGUGGAUCAAGUAGGGGCUGCUAAAUUCGUAAGUAAAUUCGACCUGUUAAAGGGUUAUUAUCAAAUUCCGUUAACACCUCGAGCGCAAGAGAUCACUGCGUUUGUGACUUCUUCCGGAUUAUAUUCCUAUUCUGUAAUGAGCUUCGGAUUGCGAAACGCUCCGGCAACGUUUCAAAGAUUAAUGAAUCGGGUUGUAUCAGGACUUUCGGGUUGUGCAGUCUAUUUAGAUGACGUAGUUGUUUGUAGCGAUACAUGGGAACAACAUCUGGAGCGUGUUCGUGCUUUAUUUUUGCGGUUAUUGGAGGCGAAACUCACAGUAAAUUUGGCAAAGUGCGAGUUUGCCAAGGCUACUGUGUUCUAUUUGGGAAGGGACGUCGGACAUGGUUACGUGCGUCCCUUGAAAGAGAAGGUGCGGGCUAUUGAGGGGUUCCCCGUCCCAUCUACAAAAAAGGAUUUAAUGCAUUUUUUGGGUAUGGCGGGCUAUUAUCGAGGGUUUUGCCCAAAUUUUUCUUCUGUAGUAGCCCCAUUAACAAAUCUAUUAAAAGCGUCUGUUCCAUUCGUUUGGUCCUCUGGUUGCCAGCAAGCAUUUAACAAUGUUAAACUUCUGCUUUCCUCAAAUCCAGUUCUUGUUGCACCGCAGUUUGACAAGCCGUUUAUGAUUCAGGUGGAUGCGAGUCAGAUUGGGGCAGGUGCAGUUCUUUUGCAAACUGGGUUGGAUGGUGUGGACCACCCAGUUUGUUAUUUCUCAAGGAAAUUUAACUCCUAUCAGGUAAACUACUCUGUUAUUGAGAGAGACACUUGCUUUAAUAUGGGCACUCCAAUAUUUUGAAGUUUAUGUGGGAGGUGGUUCUCAAGUUGUUGUUUUCUCAGAUCAUAAUCCGUUAAUUUUUCUACAUACACUGAAAAGUCCCAGUCAGAGAUUGAUGCGGUGGGUUUUGUUUUUAAAACCCUACAAUUUGCUAAUUAAACACAUAAGGGGUACGGACAAUGUGUUUGCUGACUGUUUGUCUCGAGCUCAUUCUGAGUGAUGUGACUGAGUGGGUAAGUUUCUUGUUUGGUGGUGGUCUUGUUGUGUCUCUUCUUAAAUGCUUUCAGGAUCCAGUUUGCUGACGGAGAGGAGAUGGGGCAGGAGUAUACCAAACUGUAGCUUUACUUUACUUCAUACCGUUUCAUCCUAAGAAUUUAAGCAGUACUAAUGUUUCAAGUUUAGAUAAAAAAAAAUAGGGAAAAAAUAGUAUAAAAAGUGAAGAGAAAUUAUUGGUAUUUGUGGCAUUUAUAUAUUUUUUUCUUUUUUUUUAGGGGGGGAGAUGUUAGGUCCCAUGUGGGACCUGUUUGUAUGUGUGUGUUUUUUGUGUGAUUUUUGCAGAGCCUGCAUGCAUGAUUGCAGAUUGGUGGGUGGGUCAUCCCACCUGAGACUCAUCGUGGGGUGUUUUAUAAGGAGUCCGGCAUUCGGUCUAGGAGAGCUCGAUUAGCCGGACGUCUCUGCUUGGCGCUUUUGAUUUAGUUUUGUGUUUGGAUCAUGAGCUCAGUACACUUCCAUACACAUGCUUUUCACUACUGACUUUCACCUAUACUGACUUGGAUUGCUUUAAAUACUUUUGUUAAUUAUACAUUUUGUUAAUAAAUCAUUUCUCUUUUCAA